AUGGCGACUUCUGGUCUUUCUGCACUGAGCGCAUACCGUCAGAUUCUGCGUGCUACCCGCAUCGCCUUCCAAAAUGACAACCGAGUCCUCUUGGCUGCUCGCGCAGAGGCUCGCCGCAACUUCGAGGAGAACCGCCGCGUUGGUAUCGACACUGGCCUGCAGAUCAACAAUGCCAUAGAGGUUGCGAGCAUUCUGCGCCACAACAUCGUGCAAGGUGCUCGCGAAGAUGGAAACGAGGACGCAAAGUGGGAGCUGAACAUCCACGACGAAAUCGAGCGCGGCGACAAUGACAGCAUCAAGGUUGGCAACCAGAACGUCAAGAUUCAUAAGGCUUGCUCUUCUUCCUCUUAG